CUCCACUCCAGUCCACUUCAGUCCACUUCGGUCCACCCCAGUCCACUCCAGAGCAGAUCACAAUCCAAUGCCUGGUCAAUGACGCCUUUUGGCUCCCUGGAAAAACUAUUCUAUUGUUUACCCUUCCCCUGGGAUGUGUUCAAUUCUCAGAACCUGCAGUCCCUCCACGUGGUGCUACUCUUGCGCUUGUAACAUGAAGAGCACUUUUGCCUUCCACCGUGCUCAACCUUCACCAACUCUAUGUCAGUCCGUCUACAGUACAGCCAUCCUGCUGGACCGGUUGACUACAUCUUUGACUUAUUGUCAGACAGCCACAGAUCGAAAACACGCAACUGUUACUCACAACCGCAUAGCGAAUCACAAUCGGCAGUUACUCAAGAGCGUUAGCGAGUAUGAGCACAUUGGUGUAAUUCCGAGCACGACAUCCCCGUUUUUACCCUUAUCGGCAGCAGCUGCAACUCCAGCCACUUCCCAGGCCCUGUACUGUAUUGAUGUACUUGGUACUGCAUGCUGCGGAAGGCGAAACCUUAAUCACAGUAGCGGCAUGCCACUAGCAAAGUCAAUCGUCCUCGAGAGUCGAGCUGCAUUUGCUGCCCUGGGGGGCUAUAUUUCCCUAUUGUCGGGGUGUGGAGACCGCGGAGAUGUUCGCAAGGACUACUGCCGAGCCGAUCUUGUCUUUGGAUUGGUUACUGAAACGCUGACAGGCAAGGUCGAGCAAUUUGUAGACUAUACGAGCACGAUCCGUGGUUUCCUACCCUCGAGAUCUCCACCUUCGUGGAGAAAGGGUUCUUAGGGACGGCUCAGCAGUUGCUAGAGACCUUCAGCUGGUUGAGAAACAUGAAUCGCAGGUAAGCGUCUCUCUUAAUUGGAUCUCUGAAAGAAGGCCCCUAGCUCCCCGGGUUCAUUCAUUCUCGGCGCAUAGAAUACUGCAUCGUCGCUUCCAUCGAGGAAAACGGUAUACCAAAUCUUGACUUGCUAGAUGCAGAUAGGUGCAUACAUGCCAGGAUGAUUACGAAUGACCUUUUGGUUGUAGUCGCUCGAUCCAGAAACAUUUGUCGAGUU